GCACUGAAUGCCGAACUGAGGAACGAUAGGCGUCUCACAAAUGCCGAACACUGACUCCGUUCACUUUGACAACUGCCUGUAAGAUGUGACCGCGGAGAAAAAAGCAUGGAAUAUGUGAAUGAAUAUUCAGUGUCCUUAUUGGUGACUUCGUUGUACGUAAAAUUGUGGGACAGGAUGAGUAAUGACAUCUGUGUAUGUAAACGUUAUCUAUGUUUAUCUCUAACUAUCUAUCUAUACACAUAUAUAAUUGUUUAAUGUAUGUACCCUCUUCAUCAGAUGCGUAGGUCACGUGACCUUCGAUGUCAUUCUCUCCGAAUAGUCCCGAGGUACAUGCAUCGAUAAGUGAGAUUAAAUUUGUAAGUAAAUAUAUGCCUUACCUACUGACCGCUUCACCACGGUAAUGAUAUGUGUACCGAGUGCAGUGUUAUUAUCUUGUCGUCUAAAAUUGGUUAAAACCGACUAUAGACCAGAACUUCAUUGAGAUCGCACGAGUGGUCAGUAAAGCCUAUAACGAUCAAACCAGCAUGUGAAUUAUUGAUAGAAAGGCAAAUCAGAAGUGACCAUUACCUACCAAGGGAAUACUAUGGAUACGGACUGGGUUGAGCAGGCGACACGAAAAAGACAUUCAAAAUUGUGGUAUUUGAAGGCAAAAAGAAAGACGAAGUUUCAGGUUUUAGGGUUUAUCGUAUCAACCUAUGUUUGUUUCCUAGUUCUAGCAGUAGUUCGCAAAGCUGUAUAUCAUGACGGGAUCAGCUCAUUAAGUCGAGAAUCAGGACCCGGAAGAUACAGAAGAGAUUUAACAGAUGUGGGAGAUGAUGGAAACAACUCUGAUAAGGAUUGUAUCGCACGAUCUGUGGAUGAAUUUCCUGGAAAUUUUAUGUCCUUGAAGGAAACACAAGAAGGUGGCUUCCUCAUCCACGUGUUACUCGUCGUGUACACAUUCGGAGCCAUUGCUAUCGUCUGUGAUGACUAUUUUGUAGCAUCAUUGGAAAUAAUUUGCGAUGAAUUAAAAUUAAGCGAAGAUGUCGCAGGAGCCACGUUUAUGGCAGCAGGAAGUUCUGCUCCCGAACUGUGUACGUCACUCAUUGGAGUUUUUAUUGCCGAGAGUGACGUGGGCGUUGGAACUAUCGUUGGAUCGGCCGUCUUCAAUAUCCUUUUUAUAAUCGGCGUGUGUGCAAUAUUUGCUGGAAUGGUAGUGGAGCUUACAUGGUGGCCGAUGUUCCGGGACUGUGUCUUUUAUCUCUUCUCCGUUGUGGCGUUGGUCAUUGUUAUCCAGGACAAUAAUGUGGAAUGGUACGAAGGAAUGAUUCUCUUCCUAAUGUAUGUAAUGUACAUAGUGGUGAUGUACUUUAACAAGCCCAUUCACGCAUUGGCUGAGAGGGGUCUAGCUCGUCUGAGAUCAAACAAACUAAGAUAUGAUACCGACAACAACAAACAAGGCUUACUUGCAGCACAAAAAGCACAGGAAUUAGAAAAAUCGACCGGAAAUGACGAAAUAGCUAAGAAGGAAACUGAUGCAGAAACAUCGUUCACAAAUUCUCAAACAGAUUCGGGUGAAACUGAAACAGAAGGGGAUAAUUAUGAAUCGCCUUGGGUCAUACCAAAUGCGUUGGUUGGGCGCUCGUUUUGGAUUGCUAUGUUGCCUAUGAAAGUGCUCUUUUACAUCACUAUACCCGACUGCAGGAAACCGUGGGGUCACUGGCGAAAAAUGUAUCCUCUCACCUUUAUCCUUUCUAUCGUCUGGAUAGUGGGAUUAUCGUACGUGAUGGUGUGGAUGGUGGCAAUUACAGGAGACGCCCUAGAGAUCCCCGAUACAGUGCUGGGUCUGACACUUUUAGCGGCCGGGACAAGUGUGCCAGACUGUCUCGCCAGUCUUUUUGUAGCCCGAGAUGGAUACGGUGACAUGGCCAUAUCCAAUUCUAUAGGAAGUAACGUGUUUGAUGUCCUCGUAUGUCUUGGCAUUCCUUGGCUGGUAAACACAGCGGCUUUCAAAAAUGGUGAACCACUUAAAAUCAGCAGUGUUGGUCUCACCUAUUCCGCUCUAACUCUCCUCUCUACAGUCGUGUUCCUUGGCGUCGCCGUAUUUCUCGCUAAGUGGAAGCUGGGGCGAACAUUUGGUAUUGUAUGUCUUGUAGCGUAUGUGUUGGUUAUCACGCUAUCAUGUUUGUACGAACUCAACGUGUUUGGAUCAUUCAACUUGCCGCCAUGUCCGAGAACAUGACGAUGCGAAUGGCGUAGUGUGGAGUGCUGGUCAAGUGACAUGUCUGUGUAUAGAUGUGAGUUAGUCAUAGAAUGUGAAAGGCGUCGUUAAAAAAAAAACAUUGUCGACCUGAAAUAAAUAGCCAUAAAACGGAAAGAAUUUUCGAUGAGAUAGAUUGGAAUACAUUUAUGACAAAUUAGAUACAUUAGAGUGUUUAGAUUUUACUGUAGAGUUACAAGUUUUUAAAUUAACUACAUAAUGGAAUUGUGGUCAGCUCUCCAUAGAUGUCCUAGUAAUAUUGUAAUCUGUAUCAGUCAGCAUAUCAUUGAUGUCUAUGACUGUAAAGACAUUCAUGGAAAAGAAACCAACCCAAUCACAAACAUUAAUAGAUUUCCAUGUGUUCACUCUAAAGAUAUGGGAGUAAAAUAUAUAUCAGUGUUGUGAAUGAUGCAGUCAACGGUUGUGGCGCCCAUUUUGUCUACACGGAAUUUGCAACGUCACAGAGAUCUGCAGAGUUCAUCGAAAGUUAGUUAUUGUGACAUCAUGUGAUAAAUCCUGGACUGAUUAGAGAAGUUUAAAGUUUAGACUGAUCAGAAAUGAAGUGUGAGGUGAAGAGGUGAAUACUUGAUGUUUAUAUUUAUCUUAAUUAAACACUUAGAAAUACA